AUGCCUUCCCCAUAUCUCACCCAGCUUCGCAAAUGGAUGCUCGAAUCUCCACCAGUUGAAUGGGGCAUCAAUCAGUUGCGGGAACUGCUCAUCGGUGCUCUGAGACAAGGCUCUAUACCGCAACAUGUGGCCUUUGUUAUGGACGGAAAUAGACGAUUCGCAAGAAGUCAUAAGAUAGAGACGGUGGAGGGGCAUAAUCUAGGAUUCGAGGCUCUAGCUAAGAUCUUAGAAGUCUGCUACAAAUCCGGAGUCAAGGUCGUUACGGUUUAUGCAUUCAGUAUCGAGAAUUUCAAGCGCUCGAAAUACGAGGUUGAUGCUCUGAUGGACAUGGCAAAGAUCAAACUCUCACAGCUUUCCCAACAUGGGGAAUUGCUUGACAGAUACGGUGCCAGUGUGAGAGUAUUGGGAAAUAGGGACCUACUUCGGCCAGAUGUCCUGCAGGUAAUUGAUAAAGCGGUGGAUAUGACAAAGAACAAUGGAACGUGUGCUCUCAAUAUCUGUUUCCCAUACACAUCUCGAGACGAGAUCACUUCGGCUAUCAAGUCAACAGUCGAGGACUACUCAAAACCUCUACCAGCACACGCAAGACCGUUUUCUCAGACGAGAAUUACACAAAAGAUCCGGUCAAGGAACCUGAGCACCUCACCCCUUCGCUCAAGUUCACCUUCAUCCGAUAUCGAUGAUUCCGUUUCUUCAACUACCACGUUGUAUCCAGAAUCUCCACCGAGCGAUAGCAGAGAUCAUCUAUAUCCGGACCCAGAGGCUAUCACCUCCGAGACGAUAGGAGAUCACAUGUUCACAGCCAAGGAUCCUCCUUUGGAUAUGUUGAUCAGGACGAGUGGGGUUAAAAGACUCAGUGAUUUCAUGCUAUGGCAGUGCCAUGAAGACACAGAAAUUGUGUUUUUGGAUUGUCUAUGGCCGGAGUUCGAUCUUUGGCAGUUUCUCCCUGUCUUGGUCGAGUAUCAGUGGAACCAGAAGCACGUAGAAGACAGGAAGAUAAAAAUAAGGUAG